AUGCGCUCGUUCUCUCCCAUGCGCUCGUUGAACACGAUUCCGUGCAUUUUGUCGAGUUUGAGAGAAUUUGGGUUAUCCGGUUUUGUCCGGAUACUUCGUCACACGCACGGCGACGCAAGGAUGGCCAGGCAGUCGGCGGCAGAUGUGGCUGCGAUCGAGAGGCAAGUUUUGGAAUGCGACAUGGAACGGAUCGCGUUGGACCUGAAGUGCAUCGAGUUGCAGCGUUCUCUGGAAGCAUUGCGGCGGCGCCAUCGUCGGCGUGUGGUGGGGCGGGCGGCGACAACACUUGCUGAGGCCUUGGAUCGGACGGUGGCGGAACAAAAGAAAGUCGAGCGAGUAGAGCGCGAACGCCUUCGCGUGGAACGAGAACAUCAAGUCGAGCUGGCGCGACAAGCAAAGCAGCGGGAGACCGAACGUAGACGGAUCGCAGAACAACACAAGAUGGCCGAAGAAGAAGCUGCAAAGAAACGGCAAAUGGAGCUUGAGAUGGAAGAGCGGCGGCGCGCUGUGUUGGAACAGGCGGCGAAAGAACAGCACGAUGACGUCGUGCGUCAAGCGGAAGCCGACGAGCGACGAAUGCGGCAGAAAGCAGCACAACAAGAGCGGAGAAUCGCUGGAACAAUGAAAGCACCCGCCAAAGCAGCAGUACCAGAAGAAGCUGCAGCAUUUGUCCAGCGCACAGCAGACGAUAGGAAGGCGGCGAAACAGCGGGAAAUGCCGCAUGACGUCGACACUUCACUCGAGCCGGCGCGUCCUGCGACCCCUGCGCCGUCAGUUUCUAAGCCAGCACGUGCGACAAAGCCAAGCGGUGCGAAAAAGAGAAAACAGCAAAAAAGCAGCAAGGACGACCUUGACGACGGGGGUGGCGCGCCAAUCAACGCACCAAGCGCUGCGAAAAAGCAAAGAGUCGCGACCGAAUCCGACCCCGACAAACGAGCGACCGAAUCCGACCCCGUCAAACGAGCGACCGCCACGACGAAGUCCGCAUCAGUGGAUGCUGCGAUGGAGGACGAGCAUGCGUCGGAUUCUGUGGGAUUCAGUGAAGCCAAGGCAAUCCAACCACAAAAGCCCCGGAAAGGCAAGAAGAAGAACAUGAUGAAGGAGCUUGCAGCGCAAGAAAAACAGCGGAGAAAGGAGGCUGCGCGGAAAGAAAAGCUGGAAAAGUACGCACUAGCAGUCAAGAAGAAGCAGGACGAGCUUGCAGCCAAACGGGCCAAAGCGGCUGCGAAGCCAGUCGUCCAGUCGCGACCGACGCAUGGCGACGACACCUCGGUGAUAGCCAAGCCUAAAGCAAAAAGCAGCAAGACAGCCCAGCCCGCCGCAGAGAAACAGCAGAGCGCACCCCAGCCCAUUGCAUUGGGCGAAGGCGCAUCGUCCGACGAUGAGCCAUCAGGACUCAGUCUCUUCGACCGCAUGGCGCAAAAGAUGCGGCAGCAGAUUCUCGCCAAGGAAGGCGGGGCGGCAAAGGCGCCAGCCCCGCCAAAACACGUGCCGGCCAAACCCACUCCUUCGCCAAACGAUGCACCACCCAAGCGAUCGAUUCUAUCGUCUAUUUUCAGUGUCCCGUUGCUAAAAAAGCCUUAA